CAUAUAAAGAUUGAGCCGCGCGGCCAUCACACUCACGUUGUCUUCACUUUUCCCUCAUCUUUAUUACAUACACACACCAAACUCAAAACCAACACACAUUCUUCUUCUUCUUCUUCAAUGAGAACCUUGUGGCCCAACCUCGCCGGAGACGACGGCCUCGAGACGGUCCUCGAGGUCCCCAUCCCCGACGAGAUGUUCGCUGCCUCCUCCAACUCCGGCAAGUCAUGGCGGGCCAUCAGAACCUGGCUCAAGAGCCCCCGGCCUUCGCUCGACUACGAGAGGCGCGCCGUUGAGAUUCAGUUCUUGCUCGGCGUCAUCGGAGCUCCCUUGCUCCCUCUCCCACUCUCCUGUUCUCAUUCUCUCUAUGAUCGCAACAUCAAAGCCCACCCCAUCGAAAAAUCGAUGGCUUCAUACAUAGUCCAGCAGUAUGUGGCGGCUUCAGGGGGCGAGCACGCUCUGAACUCGAUCGAAAGCAUGUGCGCGGUGGGGAAGGUGAAGAUGGCGGCGGCAGAUUUGAGCAGCGACAUUAGGAAGAUAAAAAGCAUGAAGAAGGGGGCGGGCGAAUUGGGCGGAUUCGUGCUGUGGCAGAAGAGCCCCGCGCUAUGGAGUCUGGAGCUCAUGCUUUCUGGCUUCAAAAUCAGCGCCGGCUGCGACGGCAAUGUGGCGUGGCGGCAGACUCCGUGGCAGCACUCGCGCGCCUCCCGCGGCCCACCGCGGCCUCUCCGCCGCUCGCUGCAGGGGCUGGAUCCGAGGGGGACAGCAGACUUAUUCUCCAACUCCAUCUGCACCGGCGAGAAAACAAUCAACGGCGACGACUGCUUCGUGCUAAAGCUAGAAGCAGAGUCGUCGACGUUAAUGGCGAGAAGCAGCAGCAAUGCAGAAAUAAACAGGCACACAAUCUGGGGCUAUUUUAGCCAGAAAACGGGCCUAUUAGUCCAGCUAGAAGACUCGCAAUCACUAAGAAUAAAAUCCGCCGGAAAAGAAAUUCAAUGGGAGACCAAAACCGAGUCGUUGAUCCAAGACUACAGAGCGAUCGGAGGAGUCAACAUCGCUCACGGCGGCCGGACGACGGUGUCGCUGUCGAGGUUCGGCGGCGACGACGCGGAGAGCUGCAGCAGGAGCAGAAUGGAGGAGAUUUGGAGCAUUGAGGAGAUCGACUUCAACGUGAAGGGGCUGUCGACGGAAUGCUUCCUGCCUCCUGCGGAAUUGAGAAUUGAAUGGGGUGAUGAUUGCGACGAGGAUCGCUUCAGGUGCAAGGUUUUGGAUAAGUACAGUAGGAGCUGUGCUUCGAGAAGUGGGAAGAAGAAGGUGGUAGCCAUUGAUGAACAAAAUGAUGAUCAUGAUCAUCACUUGUAGAUUAUUUUUCCAUAUAUACUCUUGCUCACUUUUGUACAUAAUCUACUCAAAUACUUAUAUAAUUUUCAACCUUAGUGAAGCAUA